GCGAUACUACAGUAGUGUAUUAACGGGCCUCUAACAAGACACAGUAUGGGCUACAAUGUACUCGUACAGCUUGGGGUGUCACUCCCACAAAUGCUUCCUAGAUGGGGAGACAGACCCUGACAGGAACUUUGGGUUUGGUCAUUUUAGGCAAUCUUCCAUACGCCGGGGUGAUUCCCUUGAAGGAAUCCCAACGAUUGAUCCUGGUCUCGCCUACUCGUGCAACGGGACACCUGGCGCAGUUAGGCCUUUGAGCUUCCAGCAAAGCUUCCAUGGCCGCGGCAGAAGAGAGCCCAGACGCACACAUGCUCACGUACCACAUUCAUGCCAGCGCACAGGAGCUUGUACUUUCAGGAUAUGCGCCAUAAUGGAUGCUUUGGAGCGGUACAUGCACGGAGCAUCCUGCAUCCAGGCAGCGUUCAACGUUGAGAGACCACCCCGGCAUGCUCCACUGCUUGUGAUCAGCCAUGUGGAUUUGGAAAUAGCUACGCCUGGCAGAAUCUUCAGCGGAAGCUCUGUUGCACCCUGUCAGUCGCCUUUGGCAAAAUCUAACCCCGGCUUAUAGCAAUACUCGUAAGGCGAUAAUAGAGUAGCAUCAUCGGCUUGCGAUUCAGCUCCCGCCCGAAUGCAACCUACAACUAUGAAGGAGCAUUCGUAACGAAUAGCGUUGCUAGUGCACACUGGCACAAGUGGUAUGGCUUGGUUUAUUGAUCCUUGUUCCGGAUGCCCUUCCGC